AUGGACUACUACAGGGACACAGCACGCUCGCCUGUUGAAAGGGGUUGGGGUCGUGAGGAACCCAGAGGCAAGAUGGAGAGAGAUGAUCCUUUCUACAGAGGCAGGUCUCCCGGGCAUGAACGACGACGCAACCGCUCUCGAUCGCCCAUACAAGUCGAUCGCUACGAGCCUAGGCGUGCUAGAGAUGACUACGCCCCUCGGGAGAGAGGCGAUCGUGGAGACAGGGACGACAGGCGUGGCCGCAUCCCCUCGCCUCCGGCUAAUAUUGAUCGAUAUGUCCCCGGACAGCAGGAUGCUGCUCCACCGCCGCAGCCUCUGACGAACCCCAUCCCUCACCCAAUGACGCUCAACUAUCAGGUUGGGUUCUCUUAUUUCGGCGAAUGGUGGAGAGCCAACGAGAGGAUUAAGGAAGAGAAGGAACGCCAGCGCACUGGUCGUCGACGGGAGCCUGAGCGCCCCCGUGCUCCUCGUGAGGUGCAGGAGGAGCGAGAAAAGGAGAAGGUCAAGAUCCAGGCCUCGUACGACUCAUACAAGGAGGAGCUGCAGGCCAAGAUGGCCAAGACAUUUGUCUCCCAGCAUAAAGAGGAACAGUGGUUCCGCGAGCGCUAUGUUCCAGACGUUCGAGAUCCAAUCCGCGCGCAGCUUAAUGAGUUUCGCCGUGGCCAGUACACCCAGUGGGAGGAAGACCUUGAGUCCGGUACCUUUGACGACUUUACCUUGGAAGGCAUCCCCAAAAGCGAGUCCAACGGCGCGGGUGGUGUCAUCGAGAAGGAGGAGGGCGAGGCAACCGCCGCCAACGAAGUGCUUGGGGUGGGAGACUUGGUACCGGCCUCCAACUCCGACAUCCGGGAUGAGAAUCUCUUCCAGCCGACCCUUCUCAUUAAGACGAUUGCUCCUAGUGUGAGCCGUCAGAAUCUGGAGGCGUUUUGCAAAGAACAUCUCGGAGAGGAGGAGGGAGGCUUCAAGUGGCUUUCGCUCAGCGACCCAAAUCCGUCCAAACGGUACCACCGAAUCGGUUGGAUCAUGCUCCACCCGGGUGCUGAUACUGGGGCGAUCACUGACCGUGGCGAUGCCAAGGACGAGGAUGAUGAUGGGGAUAUCAAAGUCAAGAGUCCCGGUGCUGUCGCUCCCUCGACUGCAGAGAAGGCUCUUGAGGCCAUCAACAGCAAGACUGUCAAAGAUGAGGUUCGCGGCGAUUUCGUAUGCCACGUCGGUGUGCAUAACCCACCAAGCAAUCCCAGGAAGAAGGCACUGUGGGAUCUGUUCUCAGCACCAGAGCGGAUUGAUAAAGACCUUACUCUUGUCAACCAGCUCGUCAACAAAUUUGAAAGCGAUUUCGGCUCGGACUUCAAUGCUGUUCUAAAGGUCGAGGAGAAGGUAGACGAGCUCAGAAACUCUGGACUUCUACAGCCCGCAGUCACUUCUCCGACAGUUAAGAAGGAGAAAGUCAAGAAACAGCGAGCCAUCAACCUGGACGAGGCUAUGGACGAAGGCGAGGAGCCGGAGAUGGAAGAUGACGAUGAUGACGAAGAUGAGGGAGCCAUCGAUGACGAUGAAGUUGACGAUGAAGACAUCUUAGUCAAGAAGAAGCAGCUCGAUCUUCUCAUCGAGUACCUCCGACGCGUCUUCAACUUCUGUUUCUUCUGCGUCUUCGAGAGCGACUCGGUGCAUGAGUUGACUCGUAAAUGCCCAGGAGGUCACCUUCGCCGCCCCAGAAGCACGCUCUCGUCUUCAGCCAAGGCUGUCGCCCGGGCAAGUGCUCUGGGUGAGCCAUUCCCGCACAAGAAGCGGGCUGACACUGCAGAACUGGAGGAGGGCGAGACUACCGAGCCUGAUCGCAAGUUCCGCAACCCGUUAUCGAAGACUGAACAGCAACUUCAGCGCGCCUACAACUGGGUCAGGACAUUUGAAGACAAGAUCAAGCAGAUUUUGGAACCUGAAGCGGUUGACAUUCGUAAGCUAGGCGGUAAGCCUAUCGAUGAUGCUACGAACGAGGAAUUAGCCAAGUUUGUCAAACAGGAGGAUGAACACAAGUAUCGAUGCAAGGUCCCUGACUGCGCCAAGCUGUUCAAAGAGGAUCACUUCUGGCGCAAGCAUGUGGAGAAGCGUCACCCCGAGUGGCUUGAGGAGCUGAAGAAGGAGUUCGAGCUUAUCAACGCAUACGUUAUAGACCCCGCUCACAUCGCCCCUUCGCGAACGGAUGCCAAUAGCAAUGGUCAUUUCCCUCCAGCUACUGGUCAGGCGCCGAGCGGCACGCCUCGUGGCUUCAACCUGCAACAAUUUGCCAUGAACAGCAUGAUCCCAAUGGGCUUCCCUAACAUGGCGAACUUCUCGCAGAUGUUCGCAGCGGGAGCCAUGCCAAACAGUGGGAGCUGGAAUGCGACUCCUGGUGGAGACGAACGUGCCGGCGGCGCUGGUCCUAUCCGGCGUGGGGGAGGUUUCGGCAAUGCUGGUGGACGGGGUUACAACAACCGCUCCGGUCCCUAUGAUCGUCCUCGCAACCCCCGUUGGACCCAGGACAACGGCAUGGGCGGUAACACGAUGGGUGGGGGACGUCAGCGUGGUGGUCGCUGGGGAGACGGUGCUGGCGGCGGCGCGGCUGUGGGCCCUCGUGAGGCUAUCCAGGGACGCACAAUCAAGAGCUACGAGGACCUGGAUCAGGUCAGCGGCAGCGGUGGCGGCGAGCUAAACUACUAAGUCGACUCUUCCUGGGCAGUGCGUAGAAAGCCUCAUCGAUAGGCUAGCAAGUCUGUCUUCUUCACGAUGCAAUUCCAGACGACUAGAACGCAACAUGGAGAAGGAGACUGGGCGCACAUUGAGUAUCUGUUCAUUGGAGGCCGGCGCGAAAGAGGUCGUAUCCAUGCGUGCUGUACAAUAGAGAACGACUAUGAUAGUUUUUUUUUCUGGGCAAGGAAUGUGGUUUUCUAGUUUUUGACAGGACUUUAGCUGAGGAAAAUGAUGCAUUCUUUUAAG